AUGGGUGACCUCCCCUCAUCCCAAAUCAACAACUAUGAGAGCUUUAAAAAGCUGGUCAUGCAAAGGUAUGGACUGCAUCCUGAGAACUAUCGGAGGGCUUUCCGAAAAGGGGAGAAAGCUGGUCCCACAGACAAUACUGCUGUGUACUCGGCGAAAAUGGCACAGAACCUUGAACUUUGGCUUGCAGCCGAGGGGGUGUGUGAUUUUGGAGAGCUUAAACAGCUGAUGUUAAUUGAGCAACUUAUGCGGUAUUUACCCCCAGAAAUUGCAAGUUUGGUUGCUGACCAGUCCCCACGAACUUUAUCAGAAGCUACAGAGCUUGCAGAAUCUUUUCGGCUAAAUCGUUCUCAUCUAAGCAACAGGGGACCGGGUGGUGGGUACAGACCGGCAGCUCCAACUGGAAAGUCUGGCCCCCCCAGUAAAGAUCAAAGUAAAGGCUUCCCAACGCCUGCGAAGGACUCUACUGCAGCAGGUGGGGAACGUGCUAAAUUGUCUCCAAAUUCAGGAUUGUGUUUUUACUGCAAAAAGCCUGGGCAUGUGAAAGGAGCUUGCCCCCAAUUGAGUGACAAGAAGCCUCCCGUUCUGACAUCAACUCCUGCCGUGCGCCUGAUUCAGUGGCCGGAGGACUGGGAAGAGGUACCAUGAAAACCCGGAGUUGGGGAAAGCCCAAUCCUGGAUGGGAAGGGUGGGGCAACUCCUGACGCUAUGGCUUCUGAAACAGCUAUAGCUCCUGUAAAUGCUGUUACAGUGGGACCUGUAGGUACCGGUGCUAAUCCAAGUGAGCCUCAUGUGAAGUGGGCUAAUUCAAAGUUUACAGCGCCCAUUGAGAUCAACGGAAUUGCUGUGAACUCUUUCAGAGACACUGGGUCUGAUAUUACCAGUGUGUCCCGUGAUCUCCCCUGAGUGAGUGCCUGAGGGCCCUGCUCUUGCCACUUACCAUCUGGCCUGGGGCGGGGCCUGAAGCCUCACAAGGACUGCUUGCUCCCUGGGAGGACUCCCCUGAGUGAGUGCCUGAGGGCCCUGCUCCUUCCUGCCACUUACCACCUGGCCCAGGGCGGGGCCUGAAGCCUCACAAGGACUGCUCUGCUGCCCAGGAGGACUCCCCUGAGUGAGUGCCUGAGGGCCCUGCUCUUGCCACUUACCACCUGGCCCGGGGCGGGGCCUGACAGGCCUCACUAGGACAGUUGCUGUUACUGCCGGAGGAGCACAGAGUGUUUUUAAAAUGUUUUUAAAAAUUUCUUUUGGGUUUUUUGUCUGGGGGGGGGGGGGGGGGGAUGGAUGUUUGGUUGGGCUUGGGGAAUUUUUUUGAUUUUGAUGUUUUUGUAAUUUUUACAGUUUUUCGUUUGUAUUGCUUUAUUGGUUUUGUUUGUUUGUUUGUUUGUUUAAGGUGUUAUUUUGUUCUCAAGGGGAGGGGUCAGGGCUGCCGGGGAGUGGGCCCCAGCCCACAAAAUGGCUGGGGCAUGUUCCACAGGGGGGGAUGCACUGGGACAACCAAUCCCAGUGAUCACGGAUAGGAGGAGGAGUUACGCUAAGGCUAGACCAUAUCAUUACAGAGGGGGCAGGUUUAGUCGUUGUCUGAGGACUAUUCCUGCCUCCGGGUCUGGUCCUGACCGGAUGGAUACUAGAAUCAGCAAGGGAUACCCACAUGACCUGAAGGUGUUGCUGUGCAAUGCCCGGUCAAUGAUUCAUAAGACCACUGCCAUCCAUGACUUGAUCAUGGAUGGAGGACUUGACCUGGCAUGUGUAACAGAGACUUGGUUGGAUGAAGCAGAUGGGCCUGUCCUUGCCACUGCUUGUCCACCAGGUUUCUCUUACGCACAGCAACCCAGGUCAUGUGGGCGGGGAGGGGGGGUUGCAGUGAUUUUUAGGAAGUCAUUAGUUUGCACCAGGCGUCCUAUUGGGAAGACCCAGUUUUCCGAGUGGAUGUUCUGGAAGUUGGGCAAUAGGGGCAGUACAGGAUUCCUUUUGGUGUACCGACCCCCCGCUGCACCAAGGAUUCCCUGCCCGAGCUGCUUCAGGUCGUGGCGGAUGUUCUCCUGGAGACACCUAGCUUGGUCGUCCUAGGGGAUUUUAACAUCCAUGCCGACACGACCUUACAAGGGGCCGCUCGGGACUUCGUGGAAAGCAUGGCCUCCAUGGGGCUGUCCCUGAAUAAGUCUGGCCCAACCCAUAGCCGUGGACAUGCCUUGGACCUGGUGUUUACCUCUAUGGAUGUUGGUGAUCUGACACUAAGUAAAAGCGAAACGAAAGAAGUGCCAUGGUCAGAUCACUUCCUGGUGCAACUGGACUUCUCUGCGACCCAUCCCCCGCCACUUAAUGGAUCCAAAUGGUUUCCAGAGAGUGGUAGGGGAUGCUUUAUCCCAUGUUGAUGGCCUUUCAGCUGAUUCCCUGGUGGCCCGCUGGAAUGUGGAGUUAACCAGGGCUAUUGACUGUUUGGCUCCGAAGCGCGCUCUCCGAUUGCAUGGAGCCCGGACAGCCCUGUGGUUUUCCACAGAUCUGAGGGCAAUGAAACAAUCAUUGAGACGGCUAGAGCGCUGGUGGCGGAUAACUCAUUCUGAAUCUGACCGGACACAGGUUAGAGCUCAAUGUCAAGCCUACCAAGUGGCGAUAGUGACGACAAAGAAGAAUUUCUUCACCUCCUCUAUUGCAUCUGCAGAAAACAGCAGCAGGAGACUUUUUCAGGUGGUCCACAAUUUAGCGGGACCACCUGCUACAUCGGGGCCCAGGACGGUCCACAUGAUCUCCUGCAAUGAUUUCGCAAAGUUUUUUUGCAGAUAAAGUCGCUCAGGUUCGGGAAGAGGUAGACUCCACCGUAUUUCUGUCUUUUGUGCCUUCUGCCGGGGAAGAUAAACCAGCACCUAACCACUUAGUCGCCUACCAGACCUGUUGAAUUUCUGUGUGUAUUUGUGGUAAAGCAAUACAGGGCGGGGCAGCCCAGUAACACUGAAGAGUAAUCUCCUUCCUUAGGUUGCUUUUCUGGGCUGUUCUAAGAUAAGGAAGUGAUGGCAGCAACUACUGUUUCUGUUUGUUUUGUGUUCUGGGAAAAAACCGUUUCUGCACACACCCCUCUCUCUCAACCAGGCCUUGCCGGACUUGGAGGGCAGGUAGGGGAGGUGGGGGAGUGCACACUAAUGGUACAGCGACAGAGAAAAUAUUUAGAGUGAAAUCUGGAAAAAAAAGCCGAAGCAAACAAGUGGCCAGGGGAUUGUUUAGUAACAUUUACCUCAAACCGAAUAAGGGACAAAAUCUUGAAAAGAAUUGGAAAACGGAAACUUAGAAUAUAGGAAAAUGAAAUUAUAAUAUUAAAGGAAAUCCCACAUCAUUUAUUAAAAAAGAAAAAUAUCAAUUCAUCGCAACGGCAUUAAAAAAAUCACAACGGUAAUAUUUAGAUGUGAGUUUUUCUGGAGGGUAUUGCCUUUCAUUUUAAAGGUAAAAGACGGAGGUUUGGAACGGUUAAAGACGCGAAUAUAUUUUGGAGGAAAUACUGGAAAGAAUUCGGGGGGGGACCUGGGAACAGUGAACCAAAUAUGAAGUCAGUAGCCUCAGUAGAAGACUUAGAAAGCAAAAGUUAAUAAGCAGUCAAAUGAUUAAGGAAUAACAGUAAAUUUAAAUAAUUAACUCUGAGCCCUUUGGCUUCCCACAGGUUUUCUUUUUUUCCAAUGUUUAUUAAGUUUCUUACAAAUAUAACACAAACUAAAAAAAAAACCCAAUAAAAAAUAGAAAGAGAAAUAAAACAAAUAACAACAAAAGAUAUAACUGUGAGGAGAACCUGAGCUUACAGGGUUAAACAGCGCAGAGUGUACGUCCUGCCUACUGUGGGGUGGGGAGACUGCAUCACUUCCGAGAGUCUCAGUCCUUUGUUCUAUUCUGCUUUCGCUUUUAUGUGAAGCAGACGUGUCUCACGAUGCUGCGUGCUGUGUUAGACAAUGGAUCGCUUUGCUAUAAAUGAACUGCUUUUAGUUUCUUAGCAUCUCUGUGUGAGACUCCAUAUGACAACCAUAUGUCAGGAGUGCUCUGAUGGUGUUUCCUGCUUGGCAGGGGGUUGGACUCGAUGGCCCUUGUGGUCUCUUCCAACUAUGAUUCUAUGAUUCUAUGACUCUGGUUUAUGCACACAGAAGCACAGAAGACUGAUUUCUCUGGACGCUGCUAAACUGCUAUUUUGCUCAGAGUAUCGGAAUGCGGACUUUGGAAUGCAGAGGCCUGGCACAGCGUUAAACAAAUACAUAAAUACAAUACAAAUUAAUAAUUAAUUAAACUUCCAACCUUAUAAACAUAUUACUUGACUUCCUCCAGCCCCUCCCAUCUGAAUUUCCUUGUAACUAAAUGUAGCAGUUUUCCAAUAUCAUUAUUCGAAAACAAUUUCCCACAGGUUUUCUUACCCGUAGGGUCGUGUGCAAAGUGUCUUUUCUUUUUAGGAAUUGUAUACUGAAAUUGUUAAAUAUUAAAGGAUGAGUCUAAAGAUAUUAACCUGGAAUGUAAGGUAGAACCCAUUUUGACAAAACAAAAAUUAGAUGCAAUAUGACUACAGGAGACGCACGUAAAGAGGAAGCAUGGGAGGGUGCUAGAAUUCAUCUCUUCUGAUAUAACCAAAAAAGGAGGAGUGGUUGUGUAUGCCAAACCAAAUUUGGAACCAAUAUUGUUAUACAAAGACACCGAGGGAAGGAUAGUAAUAGUGAAGAUAACAGCCCGGGAGUCGGUAAUACUUAUAGGAAUAUACGCUCCCAAUGAUAAGAAACCAGAAUUCUAUGAAUUGCUAGAAGAAAAAUGAUGGAUUACAUUGAAGAGAAAAUUAUUCUAAUGGGAGAUUUAAAUAGAGUAACUGCGCCCCCCCCCCCGAGCUGGAUAAAACCUCAAGAGGAGCAGGAGGGAAAGAGGGGAUACUUCCCUUGAGCUUUUUUCAGUCUUUGAAAACUGAUCAAUUAAGGAAGGGGGUCACAUUAACCCUGGCCCCCUCAGAGCGAGAUGGCUCCUGCCUGUGGCGAGACACCCGCCGGUUCCGCAAAGGGUGCACCAACCACAAGGUCCCCUUCCUCAUCCACGCGCCCUUUGACACAAUGCCAGGUCACGGCAGUCCUACAUAAGGUCAUGGCGGCCUGUGGCGGCAACCCUCGGAAUUCUCUGGCCACUCCUUGCGCAUUGGCACCGCCACUUCAGUGGCAACCCAGGGCUGGGACCCCGACCAUAUCAAGGAGCUGGGUCGUUAGUGUUCCACGGCUAACGGGCUACAUUUGUCCCCGCACGCUUUUACUUACUGUUGCCAUUUCAUUUUCUUACAGGUGAGCCCAGCACAAAGGAGAAAUUUCCCAGAAUGGGCCAGUCCAUCAUUAUGGCCCCAAGAACCAGCCGGAUGGCUUAUGAGUAUCAAGACCUGCCACAACAAAUGCGGGAAGCAUCUGUGGAGGACGGCAACUUGGAGCUUCCAUCCCGUGACAGUUGCAGAUCGGUGAGACGUCGUUCACCUAGCCCAGUCCGGGUCUACUCACCAGUAAGAGCUUGGGAAACCCAUGGGCGGUGCGACGGUACAAGGAGGAGGAGGUCGAACCUCACCCCAAACCCUCGCGUGGAUACGCAGAGGAGGAACUUCAGCGUCCGGAUGGACAGGCGCCUCGUUAUCGUUAUGCUUCAAGGUAUGAUUACAGCCCAGAGCCACAAGGAGCAAUUUCCAGACAGGCUCCUCCGGGACUUGCUUUGA